AUGGAGGUGGCGCAGAAGGGAUGGUCUUAUUCGCAGUACGGCUCCGCCGUCAGGGACCUCCAAUUCGGCACCGUUCCUCUGCCCGAAAUUUCUCCCGACCAGGUGCUCAUUAACGUGUCAGCCGCGGCGCUGAACCCCAUCGACAUCAAGAGGAUGCGCGGCGCGUUCAAGGAAACCGACUCGCCGCUUCCCACGGUGCCCGGGUACGACGUGGCGGGCACGGUGGUGGCGGUGGGGAGCGCGGUCACCAAGUUCGCAGUGGGCGACAGAGUCUUCGGCGACAUUAACGAGUUCGCCACGCUCAUGCCCAAGCAGCUGGGCUCGCUCGCACGUUUCACGGCGGCUGAGGAGAUGCUCCUCGCUAAGAUCCCCAACAACAUGUCCUUCGCCGAGGCUGCUGCGGUGCCGAUGGUGGCGCUGACGGCGCUGGGAGCGUUGGAGGCGGCGAACUUCAAGCACGGGCAGUCCGUGCUCAUUCUCAACGGCGCUGGUGGCGUCGGAUCCAUGGCCAUUCAGGUGGCGAAAAGGGUGUUCGGGGCGGGGUUCGUGGCGACGACGGCGAGUCUGCCCAAGGUGGGGCUGCUGGAGGCGCUGGGAGCGGACCACGUGGAGGACUACCGCACUAUGGACUACACGCGCCUGCCACAGCUCUACGACUGCGUGCUCGACUGCGUUGGCGAGGCGGAGCGUGCAAUGAAGGUGGUGAAGCCAGGCGGGGCGUACGUGUGCCUGACAGGCUCCUCCCCUGCGCCAGCAGUGCGCUUCAACAUGGUAUCCAGCGGGGCCAAGCUGCAGCAGCUGCUGCCCUUCUUCGCACGCGGGGAGCUCAGGGCGGUCAUCGACCCUCACGGUGUCUUUGCUCUCUUCGCCGUGCCGUCCGCGUUUGAGCACCUCGAGUCGGGCCGUGCCACUGGCAAGGUUGUGGAGUGGCGGUGGGGGGGUGGUUGCACCUCCAGCGCCCCGCUGCUCUGCUUCGUCACCAAGCCAGCAGGCCCCCCCCUCCGCCUCUACCUUCCCCCUUCUGCUGCUCCUACUGCAGCGGCGGUUUCUGCCCGGCGCCUCGUGCGCCCUGCCCAUCCGCGCCCGCCCCACCAGAUCGCGCACCUCGCCCCCCCUCCCUUAUCUGCCCUCUCCCUACUGCGCAACGUGGUGUUUGACGACGGGUUCACGUGCAAGCGGGCGCUGCUGGCGCGGCGCACAGCUCCGGAUGACAUGUACCAGGGCGUUCCAACUCAUGCACUCCCCCCUGCUCCGUGGUUCACAGCAAAGCCCAUUUCCUGCGAUGGCAUGAAGCUGCCCUGCUCCAUUCGGGCAGCUACAAUUUUUGACGUGCGCCCGUCCACGGGACUGCCAGCCAGUGUCGUUGCCCAGUUAAGAGAAAAGGAGGAGGGGGCAGCAAAGCUUCGCAGAGGGGAUGGCGCAGGGGUGAAUGCUGGAGUAGGAGGGGGGAUUUUCCACACUAGUAGUAAACAACAAAGCGGUCGUAUAGGGGCAGGUUUUGCUGCUGGCGUUGCAAGCAGCAACGGUGCAGGUGGUGGUGGGGGAGAGGAAGGAGGAGGAGGGGAAGGUGGCAUUCUUGACAGGGCCCUGGAGGAGAGCGGUUCGGAUGCAAUGGAGGGUGUCACUGUGAACGGGGACGGCCUGUCAGGGCUGCAUGGAUCAGGCAUGGCUCCUCGGCGCGGUCGUGGCCCUGGUGGCAAUUCCCGGGGUUCUGCUGGUAGGCGUGUGGUGGACUGGGAUGCUCCCGUUUCUGAGGCCAGUGAGGGAGUGGUUGAACGGUUCGGAACUGCUUCUGAGCCAGAGGUACUCGCAGCCGCAGCUGCUGCAGCGGUAGCAAAAGCUGUUGGCAUGCCUGUUGCUCCGGCUUCUGCUGUUAUUCCCGGCAGCAUGGUGGCGAUAGAGGGGGCUCCCCCAGGGGCACCUUUAGUAGCACUCGUGCCUGUAGUCACAGAUGGCGAGGAUGGGCUGGCAGGAAGCAGGGGCGGGGGAGAAGAAAUCACAGAGGAUCUCCGAGAGGUUUUGCAGAAGGUCAGGGAAGGCAAGAGAAAGGCCCGGCCGAGCGUGUGGGAAAGAAUGGGACGAUCAGGGGGAGAAGGUGGGGAGGAGGGGGAGAUGGGUAGUGAAGGAGAUGACGAGGAUCGGGUGGUCGAUGAUGGGAAGGGAGGGGGGAGUGUGCUGGAAGGGAGGCUAGGGUUGGAGGGAAAGAAGAGGAUGGUUCGUGAUGCCGGCGGCACCAACCGUCUGUUCUUGAAAAGUGUUGCGUCAUUGCACAAUGGCUUCCCCCAACCUCGCUACACCACGAACCGAGCCCCAAGCAACCCCCCUGACUUGAAUAUACGAGGCGCGGAGCUCCCAUCUCACCCCAACGGCCCUCUUCCCUCCACAAGCUGGAAGGAAUCUUCAUCGCCCCGUGAAAGGUCCCCCUGCCUUGCGCAAUCCAGCUCGCGCGUGCAUCCCAGCCCGCUGAAUCUCCCGGUCGGCGCAUCUCCCCUCGCUGGUCCCCCAGCCGCGGAUGCUUCCCCGUCGCGGGGCGGAUGGGGCGCAAAGUGGGCGUUCUCGGGGCGCCGGUCCAGCCCCAGGCGCGCGCGUUCGAUGUCCCCCGUUCCGCGCAGGGGGAAGGAAGCCCCGCCUGUUACGGUCACUACGGCGGCGAACAGUUUCGCGACGCCAGGCCCAACUCUCCCCGCGCGUCGCGUGGGCAGGCUCUGGUCAGCCGCGCCGCCACCGCCGGCAGCGCACAUGCAAGGACCGGCCGGCUCGGCGGCGCAUGCUGGGGAAGUCGCGGCUCGUCAUACACCGGAAAGCGGCGCACAUCACGGGUUUCCGUGUUUAGCAGUUGGGGAACACGAGGUUGGGGAGAGACGGCGCGUGGCGCAAGGGCCGGGCGGACCGCACGUCGGAAGCUCCCCCAGCAUCGGCGCAGUUGCGGGCGCGGGAGCGGGCGGUGCGGGCCUGCUUGCGCUGCAGCUGCAGCUGCAGGAACGACAGCAAACGGAUGACGACGAAGGCGACGAUGGCUCACAUUACUUGGACUACUCGCACCAGCAAUACGGCGGAGUAACUCCACCGGAACUGCCGCAGCGGAAGAAAAAAGCGGCGGUUUUCCGCGGAUGGUCGUACCUGAUCAAGGCGCUCUCCCGCGGGAUGCGGAAGAGCAAGCAGCGCGGGCGCAGCCCCAGCCCUGACAAGCGCGAGCAGUACGCGGGGGAAGGCGCAGGCGGAGGCGCAACUCCGUCUCCGCCUCCACGGGCAUUCGUGCGCGUGGGCGAAGAGGUGAUCCCGGUGCAGCCCGGGCAGGUGCAGGAGCAGGUGCGCGCGCUGGAGCGGCGUAUAAACUUCUCCGAGGAGGCGGAACCCCGGACGCCCGAGAUGCGCGCACAAGCGCCUUACGGAACGGUUCAACCCGCAGUGGCGGAUGGCGGAAGAGUUGCGCAAACUGGGGCAGAAGGGGGGAAGAAGGAAGGAGGAGUUGCGCUGGUGGAUGUGGGGCGAGUGGGACUGGGGGGAAGCCGCGGAGCGGCGCAAGGGGAAGGGGGCGCGCGGGCCAGACCCGCGCUUGUGGGGAGUUUGCGCUCAUGGAACAACGAGGCGGAGGAGGAAAAGCGCGAUUUGGGAGACACGGAGCAAGCGGGGGAAGAGACUGCGGAGGCGGAAGGGGAGCGGAAGCUUCGCGCUGGCGCUGCGGCUGCUAAAGCGGCUGCGGCUGAGGGAAAGAGUGAUUCCGCCUCCUCGUCGGCAGUUACACCGGCCAUCGGGUGGGGUAUGGGGUUCAGAAGCGCGCGCAUGGUGCUGCAAGCGCAAACUACGGGCGGGGAAACAGAGGAGGCGGAAGAGGACGAGGAGGAGGAAGGAGAGGCUGCGGACUCGAAACGCGCGGAGGUAGAAGAGGAGGAGGGGGAGGCGGAAGGAAAGGCGGAUACCGGGGAGGGGAAAUCGGACGUCGUGGAAACGGCGAGCGCAGCUGGAGUGGCAAGUGCGGCGGACGUGCAAGGCUACGCGGCUCUUGCGGACAGAAUUGAUGUCGAGGAUGUCACUAGCGAGGACGAAGCCGACGCGGGAAUCCCAGCGGUACACGAGGAGGAGGACGAGGAGGAGGACGAGGAGGAGGAGGAAGAGGAGGGGGACGGCGAGGAGGAGGAGGAGCGGAUCCGCGAGAUGCUGCGCAGCGGCGUGGGCGCGGGCGUGUUGCGCGCGAGCGGGAACUGGCUGGAGCAGGUGGCGGCGGCGGAGCGGGACGGCGCAGUGGACGUGGCGGCGCGGCUGCUGGAGCUCGCCAAGGAAUGCGGCGCGCAGCCGGAGCAUGAGAUCGACGAGGCUCGAGCGGAGUUCUACCAGCGCCACACGCACCUGCGCCGCCCCGCUUCUCUUCCUUCUCCUGCCCCGGCUGAAGCUGCCGGUGCUGCGGCUGCAGCGGUUUCUGCUGCUCCUGCCUCGGUGAUCGAGGAAUGGCGGGACGGCGAGGAGCAGCAGAGCGGGAUCGAUAUGGAGGUCGAAACGGAAGCCGCAGCGGCAGCGGCAGCGGCAGACGCAGGUAGCGGCGCUACGCCAGAGCAGUUCGGUGGUGUGAGCAGCGAUGGCGAUGCUGGUGCAGAAGGAGGGUGUGUUGAGCAAGAGGAGGCUGACGCAUGGAACGAGGCAGAGGCGGCGAGCGCUCCUGCUCUGACCCCUGCUGAAGAGCAAGGGACUCAGACUCGUUGUGAAAAGGAGGAGGAGGAGGAGGAGGAGGAGGAGGAGGAGGAGGAGGUGGUGGUGGUGGAGAAGGAAGAGGAGGAGGGUGGCGGCAUGAUGUUUGACAUGCUGCUGUCGUCCGUGGAGUUCCUGUCGCCCACCCAUUCGCUGCGACUGUCCGCUGCUUCUGCUGCUACGGGUGCUGCUGAUGGGGCGUUGGGAGCACAUGCUGCGGCCGACGAAAUGGAUGCUGCUCUUUUCCUUAGCUUUGAAACCUCUUCUGACGCUGAUGCUGAUGCUGAUGCUGAUGCUGAUGCUGAUGCUGACGCUGAUGCUGAUGUUGCUGCUGCUGCUGAUGCUGCUGAUGCUGCUGCUGCUGCUGAUGCUGCUGCUGCUGCUGCUGAUGCUGCUGCUGCUGCUGAUGCUGCUGCUGCUACUGAUGCUGCUGCUGCUACUGAUGCUGCUGCUGCUGCUGAUGCUGAUGCUGAUGCUGAUGCUGAUGCUGAUGCUGCUGCUGAUGCUGAUGCUGAUGCUGAUGCUGCUGCUGAUGCUGAUGCUGCUGCUGAUGCUGAUGCUGAUGCUGAUGCUGAUGCUGCUGCUGAUGCUGAUGCUGCUGCUGAUGCUGAUGCUGAUGCUGAUGCUGAUGCUGAUGCUGAUGCUGAUGCUGCUGCUGAUGCUGAUGCUGAUGCUGAUGCUGAUGCUGAUGCUGAUGCUGCUGCUGCUGCUGAUGCUGCUGCUGAUGCUGAUGCUGAUGCUGAUGCUGCUGCGCAUGCCGCCCCUGAAGGCCCCGUUGAGGCGGAGGAGGAGGUGGAGAAGGAAGCGGUGAAGGGCGGAAGUGGUGAGGAGGAGGUGAUACAUGGCGUUGAUGUGGCAUGGCUGGUGGACGGUGGGGGGGUGCAGGAGGAGCAAGAGGAGGAGGAGCGGGGAGAAGAGGAGGAGGAGGAUGAGGAAGAGGAGGAGGAAGCGAGUCAUUUGAGCAAGGAGCAGGAGGAGAGUGAGUCGUCGCAGGCGACGGUGGAGGAAGUGUCGGCAUGGGAAGAAGUGAACGGAGGAAGCUCGGAGACCGGGGCUGGUGGGAUGGGGGAGAUGCACGAGUCAGCUGCGGUAGACGAGGAGGAGGAGGAGGUGGAGGAGGAGAGCGAUGACGAAGCAGGUGGGGAGGAGUUUGAAGAGUUUGCAGUGGAUGCUGCUGCCGUGCAUCAUGAGCAGAUGCUGACGAGGGAGGAGGGGCAUUGUGAAGGGAGAGAGGACGAGUCGAGAGAAGUGGAGGGCGAGGAGGGAGACGAGGAGACGGAUGGGGAUGUUGAAGAUGCAGUGGCAGCAGAGGCAGUAGCAGCAGCAGCUGCCGCUGCGUGGUGGGAAGUUGAAGCUACUCCCUUGACAGAAGCACACGCAGACGUGCAGACGGAGGAGGCUGAGAGGCUCGAGGCCGAGAGGGAGGUUCGACAGCUAUUGGUGCUGGACGAAGAGGAGGAAGAGGAGGAGGCGGAGGAGGCGGAGGAGGGGGAGGCAGCGGCUGAGGGGUGCUUUGAGACGUCUCAAGCCGUUCCGGAGGGGUUGGAGGAGGUGCGGGAGGAGGUGCGGGAGGAGGUGCGGGAGGAGGUGCGGGAGGAGGUGCGGGAGGAGGUGCGGGAGGAGUUGGGAGGUGAAUGCGGAGCCUCUCUUGCGGACGAUCACUUGAGCGAGUCGGAUGAGCCGUCGUCCUCGUCCAUGCUCCUUGACCUUGCGUCUGGGAUUGGCCAGGAGGAAGCUGCUGCUCCAGCUGCUGUGACUGCACCACAUGCAGAGGCUGCUUCUGUCGACGCCGUUACUGCUGCUACCUGUGUCAAUGCUGUAAGCAUCGAUGGUGCCUUGGACACUUCACAUGCUGACGCUGAGCCAUCCCUGUUAGAUGUCCCCGUGGCCGAAGCCUCAGGAGGCUCGGAAGGAGAGGCAGAGGCAGUGGAGAGCGGAGAGGAGGGUGGAAGUGGCGCAGAGGGCGAGGAAGCUGGCGUGGUGGCAGUGGGAGGCGUGGACGUUUUGGAGCACGAGGAAGAGGAGGAACGGGAGGGGGAGGCGGCGGCGGCGGGUGAGAGGUUUGAGAUGUCUGAGAUGUUGACAGACGAGACGGGAGGCGAGGAGAACGACAGGGAUGGGGGAGAGGAGGGGGAGGAGGGAGAGGAGGGAGAGAAGAGGCCAGAGGAGGAAGCUGAAGGGUUGUUGGAGGUGGUGGUGAUGCAUGAUGAGGGGGAGACGAAGGACGCGCAGGAGGGAGAGGCGGAGGAGGAGGAAGUGGAAGAAGAGAGGGAAGAAGAGGAAGGGGAGAAAGAGGAGCAGGAAGAGGAGGCGGAAGCAUACGUGGCAGAGAUUUCGGAUGUGGAAGUUGGGGCGUCAGGUGCGGUUGAAGACACGAGCCUAUGGUGGAAGACAGAGGAGAGCGCAGCAGAUAACACAACAGAGCACGAGGCUGACGGCGAGGCAGACUUGGCGGGGGUGGAGGCACGCGAGGUGGAGAGCGACGAGGAGGAGGAGGAAAGUGGGGAGGAGGGAGGGAGGGACGGAGGGAGGGAGGAAGAGGAGGUGGAGGUGGCUGGUGAGUUGUCGCUUCUCACAGGGGAUGGUGUGAUGGGAGAGGAAGAGGUGGAAGGGGGGGAAGAGACUGUGGCAGUGGGAGUGGAAGAGGCAGUUGGGGAGGGAGAAUCAGUGGCGGAGGAAGGAAGAGUGGAAGAGGAGGGGUUGCGUGAGGAAGGGGAAGAGGUGCAGGAGCAGGUUGACAGGGAAACAGGAGUGGACAUGCAUGACGCGGUGCUGCUGGCAGGGAAGACGCACGACGUUGGGAACGCGCAUGCAAUGGAGGAGGCGGAAGAGAAGGCGGGGGAGGAGGUGGAGGAGGAGGUGGAAGCAGAAGGAAGAGUGGCAGAGAAGGCUGCGGUUACGGCAGGCGAGGAGGAAAUGGAGGAGGAGGAGGUGGCAGUAGAGGAGGAGGUGGUGGUAGAGGAGGAGGCAGAUCUGGAUCUGGAGGCCCUGGUUGAAGCGUUCGGAGAGGAUGGUGACGGGGACGAGGGAGUGGGAGAGGACGAAAAGGAAGAGAUGAACGAGGUGGAAGAGGAGGAGUGGGAGUCCGCGAUGCAAGGGCUGGAGCAAGCCGCAGAGGAAGUGGCGGCAGAGGAGGUGGAAGCGGAGGAGAGAGAGGAGAUUGAUUCAGAGCAGGAGGAGGAGGAGGAGGAAAAGGCAGAGGGAAGAAGGGAAAGCGGGGUGAGAGAUACGGUGGAGGACGAGAGUGAGGCGACGAUAGCAGAGGAGGAUGAGAGUGAGCAAGUGAACGGAGUGGAGGGGGGCAAAGAGGAGGCUGCAGAGGAGGAGGCGAGUGUGGAGGAGGUUAUCGAGAAGGUGGUAAUCGAGGAGGAGGUGAGUGAGGAGGAGAUGAAGGAGGAGAAGGUGAGUGAGGAGGAGAUGAAGGAGGAGAAGGUGAGUGAGGAGGAGAUGAAGGAGGAGAAGGUGAGUGAGGAGGAGAUGAAGGAGGAGAAGGUGAGUGAGGAGGUGGCUUGUGCAGUGCGGGUAGAGGCGGAUGAGGAGGUAUCCGAGGGAGAGAGGGACGUGGAAGGAGCAGAAGAGAGGGGGAGUGGCGGCGAGGGGGAGAGAGAGAGUGGAGGAGAGGAGGGAGAGAGCAAUGCAUUGGUGGAAGCAGCUGGUUGGGAUGAGACCCAGGUUGGUGCGGCGGAAUGGGCACGCACAGAGCGAAUAGAGGAGGAGAAGGUUGAGGAGGAGGAGGUGGAGGAGGUGGGGGAUGGGGAGGUGAGAAAGGAAAAGGGAGAAGUAGAGGAGGGGGAAACGGGAGUAGGUGGUUUGCGGGAUAGUGUGAGUCUGGUGGGUGUGGACGAGUUGAUGAUGCUGAUGGAGGAGGAGGAGGAGGAGGAGGAGGAGGAGAAGCACGUGCGAUCAGAAGAAGACGGAGAGAAAUCCGAGAUGGAGGCGAGGGAGGCGGAGAGAGGGCCGGAGGGGGCAGAGGAGGUGGAGCAAGAGGUGGAGGUGGGGGCGGAAGAGGAGGAGAAUACCGUUGUUGCUGAAGGUUUUGAAGAGGAGGGUGCAUGUGCGGCCGUCAUUCCGACCAGCCUUGCUGCAGCCGGUGUUGCUGCUGCCAUCACCUGUGCCGCCAGUGCUACUCCUGACGCUGCUGCUGCUGCGUCCCCUGCGCCUCCUGUUGCUGCUGCUGCCGUCGCUGUUGUGGAGAAAGCAGGCGAGGUGGGAGAGGAGAAGGCGGAGGAAAUGGUGGAGGAGGGCGAGGAGGAGAAGGUGGUUGCAGAGGGGAUAAAAACAGCUGAGGCAAGGUGGUUGGAGAAGGAGGCGCUACCAUCGGAGGGUGAUGAAGCCUCUUCGGCAGUGGAAGAAGCAGUGGCGGAGAAAUGUUCAAUUGCCACUGCCCCUGCUGCAGAAAAGAAGGAACCGCGGGUGGAGGCAAGGGAGGAAGCAAAGGAGGAAGCAAAGGAGGAAGCAAAGGUGGAAACAAGAGCCCAAGGAGCAGAAGCCCAGGGGAAGGAACCUGGAGAGGAGGAGGAAGGGAGGAAGCAAGGGUGGGAGGCAUCGGGGAGUGUAUGGGAUGACGAGGACCUAGAGAGUGGUGAUGGGCAUCUGAGUGACGUGCUGGGGCCCAUGAGCCCGCCCUCCCACCCCACUUCUCUGCCCACUUCGUGCCCCACGUCGCCCCCCUCUCGCCACGCGGUCUUCCCCACUGAUCGGCUUCCUGGUGGCAGCUUCUCAGGCCGAACCAAGCACACUGCUGCUGCUGCUGCUGGUGCGGCUGCCGCUCCUGCUGCUGGUGCUGUGCCUGCUGCAUCUGCAGGGAAGGGGGGGGCAGCGAUGGACGAGGAGCAGCGGAGGAGGGCAGAGGAGGCGGAGGACGAGGCGGCAUGGGAGGCGCUCAUUCAGAGCGAGAUGGACUGGGAGGUGGUGUAUGGGGGGUACCUCACAGGAGGGAGUGCGUCGGGCAGUGUGUGCAGCAGCAGGCGAGGCGCCAUUGCAGCAGCAAUAGCAGCCGGAGGUGGUAAGGGACGAGCCCUGAUGGAUAGCUGCAUGCGCAGCAGUGGAGGCAGCACCACGAGCAGCAUUGCGGCAGCGGUUGCUGUUCUUGCUGCUGCUAGGAGAUCAGCUGCUGCUGCUGCUGGUCCUGCUGCUGCUGGUCGUGCUGCUGUCCCUUCUCGUGCCACUCCGUCUGCUGGUGCUCCUGGUGCUACCACUGGCUUUGGUGCUGGUGCUGGCGCUGAUGUCGGCGUUGGCGCCUGUGGUGGUGGUGGUGCUGCUGACGGUAUGGAUUGUGGUGCCAGUGAGUGCGGCAGCAGCAUCAACUGGCAGCAAUUCGACACGGCCAGUAUGUACGAGUAUGAGCAGCAGCAGCAGCAGCAGCAGCACAAGAGCCCUCUAGUGCUCGCAGCUGCAGCUGCCAAGUCUGCUGUGGAAGCGGCCAAGGCAGCAGGAGGAAGAGCAGCAGGUGGUGGUGCAGCCAGAGGAGCAGGCGCCAAGGCAGGCAUGAGAACUCAAGCCCAACCGCACCUGCAGCAGCAGCAGCAGUUUCCCCGCUCUAGCAGUGCGGAUCGAGCAAGCAUCCGGCAGAGAGCCAACCCGCACCAGCAGCAGCCAUUCUCCUCUCCCAGCCGUGUCCUUUCCAACGUCAGCGCCAGCAGCGGUAGCACCAUGAGCGGUGUCAGCGGGUCGGGAUACAGGCAAGGCAGCUACAGCAUCAACAACAACACCACCAGGGGCAACACCAUGGGCAGCAGCGGCAGCGGUAGCACACGGGCGUCGCCUAUCCGUCUGGGUGCAACCCGGGGAGGUACUGCCUCUCUCUCUGCCCGCCACUACCCAGCUUCUGCUGCUGGGUCUCCCCUCCUCUCCUCCUCCGCCCGCACUUCCCCCAGACCAUCAGGAGCAGCAGCAGCUGCUGGUGCUGGAUAUUCACGCGGGUCGCCAUCCCUCACCCCCUCCCGCUCCCUCACCUCCUCAUCGCCUACCUCGUCUGUGGCGUCGGCAGCUACGUCAACGUUCAACGCGGCGACAUCCGCCGGCGCGUUCAUGGACUUUGGGGCUGGCAGGCGGCGCCCUGACCUCCGCAUUGACACCACCAGCUGCAGUCUCGAGCAGCUGCAGCAGCAGCAGCAACAGGCCGGGGGAGCAGUCUCAGUGCCAGCAGGAGGAGCAGGAGGGGCGAAGGGACGGCCCAGGGCAGCAGAUUCUGGGGGGCUGUGGCCGUGGGAGGAUGCAGGGCCUGGGAUGGAGGCACUACUGGGAAUGGAGGCCGAGGAGAAGGGGUUCCUGUUGGAUGAGCCCUUGUCCCUCUAUGGCUGCAACACUGCCCCUGCUGCUGCUGCUGCUCUGCAUGCCUCUGCUACGCAACCAUGCAACCAGAAGCAGCAGCAGAGGCAGCUUUCUAUGUCGCAGGUUUCACCGAGAAUCGGCCGUGGAUCAUCAGCAUUUGUGGGGGCGCAUUCGCUCUCUGCUGCUGCUUCUCCACGGUCCGCCACUGCAGCUGCUGCCGCUGCUGCUGGUGGGUUUGGAAUCACUGGUGGCAUCGGCAGUGGCGGCAUUGGCGGCAUUGGCAGCGGUGGGAUCUCCUCUGCAGCCAGCAUUGCUGCGGCCAUGUCCCCUCGUGCAGCCAGUGUGUGUGGCAGCAGCACUGCUUUCCUCAACCCUGCCACUGCCUCUGGUCUGAUCAGCCCAAGGUCCACAGGCAUGCUCAGUCCCCGUGCGAGCCUCUCCCAGUCCCGCUCCUUCUCUCACUCCUACCACCACCACCCGUUUGCCGCCCCUCCUCCUGGUAUUGACGACCCUGCUGGAACCAUGCAGGCAGUUGCAGAAGCAGCUGCUGCUGCCACUGCAGUGGCGGCUGCUGCUGCAGCUGCAGGCCCCAAGGCAGGGUACGGUGGAACAAGGACCGGGGGAGCAGGAAGAGGAAACGGGCUGAACGGGCUCGGUCGCUCGCCUGUUCGGGGAGCAGGUGUGGGACGAGCAGGACUGGGUGCUGGCAGUAACAGCGGUGUGGGGAUGAUGGCUGAUGAGAGGAGGCGGGCGUCACCGGUGCCUGGGGGAGGAAGGGGACGGGGAAUGGUUGGAGGAGGCGCAGGCGCCAGCUCACCUUCCCUUGCGUCCAGGUCAACAUCAUCCAUGCAUGCUCACUCGGCGUCCCCGCACGGGGUUCGCGGUAGAGUUGGUGGUGGCGCAGGAGGUGGUUUUGCAAGCAGCAGCAGCGUCGGCGGCGGCAGUGCGUGGGCCGCCAAGCCUCCCAGUCCGCGCAGUCCAAGCCCGGGAGACAGACUUCCGUGGGGGGGAGCACCAGGUGGGGCAGCAGGCGCAAUGGGGCGUGGACGUGGUUCACCAAGGCCAGUUUACCCCCCUCCCCUGCUCAACUAUCAGGAAGGAAACUAUCUGCGCCCACCACAUCAUCAAGACUGA